AGUUUUUCGGUGGGUUCUUGGUCAGUCUUUGAUGCGCAUAAGUUUAUAAUUUAAUUGUUAAGACAAUUUAAACAUAAACAUACUUAAAAGACAAAACUGGUCUUUGUAACAUGUUUUUCUUUUAAUCAGUCUGCAAAAUCCUGUUCUCAGAAGUUGUUAACCUUCCUGCUAUAAUUAAAACCAAUUACUCGUAUCGAGAGAGGGCAAGAUCAUCGCGAACGCGACAGUUUCACUUCAAACCAGACUGUUGGUUAUUUCUCAGUUUUACGAUGGCUCAGUCUCAAAUAAGUGAAUUUUAUAAUAACAAAAACGUUUUCAUAACAGGCGGGACCGGUUUUUUAGGAAAAGUUCUGAUCGAGAAACUGCUAAGGAGUACAAAAUUGAACAAAAUCUAUGUUUUAAUCAGAUCGAAAAAGGGGCAGGGUGCCAACGAGCGCUUGAAAAACAUAUUUAGCAGUAGUCUUUUUGAAAAAUUAAAAAACGAACAGCCUGAUUUUCGAACUAAGGUAGUACCUGUUUGUGGGAGUUGCGAGCUUGUAGAUUUAGGUCUGUCAACUCAGGAUAAGGACUUGUUGAUAUCCGACGUUAAUAUAGUGUUUCAUUUGGCCAGCAGUGUGAGUUUUUUUGCAAAUUUGGUUACUCUGUAUGAGAUCAAUUGUAAAGGAACACAGAAUGUGUUAACGUUGUGUAAGGAAAUGGAAUUUUUGAAAGUGUUUAUAUAUGUAUCUACGGCUUAUAGCAACUCUAAUUUGUCUUCUAUAGAUGAAAUGGUGUACGAUACUCCUUUAAAAUACACUCAAGUGGAACAAAUACUGAAGAAAUCGUCUGUAGAGGAAGUUAUUAAUCUAUCCCCUAAGUUGAUAGGGACUUGGCCCAAUCGUUACACUUUCAGUAAAGCCUUGGCCGAAAAUGUGGUACGAGAUGGUUCUGGGAGUUUUCCGAUUGGAAUUUUUCGACCGGCAAUGGUCAUACCCACUCAUAAGGAUCCUCUUGACAACUGGAGUGAUUCUAGAUCUGGCCCAACCAUUAUUAUAGAAUUUGGUUUAUUAGGAUGGAUCCAAUUUUACACUGCCAAUCAUACACACCUCGAGAUAGUUCCAGUAGAUUUAACCAUAUCUGCUCUAAUAGCAGCAGCUUGGGAUGUCUGUUGUAAUCAAAACCAAAGAGUUCUACCCGUCUAUAAUUACGUGUCAUCACCAGACAAUCCAAUCACUAAUCAUGAAUUUCUCUUACUAACUUGUCUCCAAUUUCGUAAUUACCCGUCACAAAAAACCAUAUGGGUUCCAAAUCUUCAAAUACAAGAUAAAUCCACUCUAUCUACAACUGUUCUUAAUUACUUCCAUCAUUUCUCUCGAGCGAUUUUCCUGGAUUUUCUUCGGCUACUUCGUUUCCAAAAACCUGAAGUAGUGCAAGGAACGAUAAAAAUACUCUACUUCAUAAAAUUGUGUGUUUAUUUUGCCAACCAUGAGUGGUCCUUUUCCAAUAACAAUAUUCACGAAAUGUGGGACCGAAUGAAUGAGAUUGAUAAAAACAAAUUCAAUUUUGAUAUGAAAACAGUACAGUGGCCACAGUACUUGAGAAACUACACCAAAGGAUUAAAAACAUACUUGUUGAAGGAGAGUUUGAGCACGCUACCCGAAGCAAAAGCUCGAGUGAAAAGGUUUCAACUUGUCAACAACGUUUUGCAAUGUCUGUUUUAUCUUAUUGGAAUUGGCAUCAUAUUCAUUAAGCUGCUAUAAAUAUUUUUGUUGACUGUGGGUACUUAAGUCUUUAAAAUAAACAAACUAAUAAAUA